AUGCGCCAUGAGACCGCGUCCAGCCAGAGGAAGGGCCCCGCCUUGCGCCGCCGACCCGAGAGACCGCCGUCCCCACAGCCGGGCCCAUCUGCACCCUGGCACUCCCCUCGCUCAGGUCCAUCUGAGGGGUCACCCGAGCCCAGGCGCUCACCUCACCUAGGUACCUCUGAGGAGUCAUCACGCCCGGGUCGCUCGUCCAACCGGAGGAAAAGCGCUGCCCCGCGCCGCCGCCCCGAGAGGCCGCCAUCCCCACAGCCAGGCCCGUCCGCGCCCAGCUGCUCCUUUCGCCCAGGUCCAUCUGAGAAGUCAUCACGCCUGGGUCCCUCCUCACGCCCGGAACACUCGGCCAGGAUUCGGCGUUUUCGCCCCGGUACCAAGGCCUUGAUGGAGAUCCGCAAAUAUCAGAAGAGCACCGGAGUCCUCUUGCCAAAGGCACCCUUCUUUCGCCUGGUCCGUGAGGUGUGCCUGACUACCUGCAGACGUGAUUUCAAGUGGCAGGUCUUUGCUCUAAUGGCGCUUCAGGAGGCGGCCGAGGCAUUCAUGGUGCUCCUGUUAAGCGACGCCAACCUGUUAGCCAUGCACGCCAAGUUUAAUGCGCAGUUUCCUCGGAUUGGCCCAGUUCUGUGCAAAGUUUGUUCCCCAGUUCGCCACAAUAACGGCACCUCUCUGGGACCUCACAAGGCAAGACGCUGA